AUGGCAGUAGCGACUGCUAACACUUCUCUUUGUCUCUCCAACCGUGACGAGCGCAACAAGCGCACAACUUCCUUUUGCAAUCACAACCACAUCCUCAUUAGUUCAGAGCUGUCGCUUAGCAUGGCUUCGAAUCACCACAACCCGCAGCAUGCGUACGAGCAUACUGGCUUUAGUUCAAACAACCGUGGGGGUUAUUCGAACGGCGGGCGUGGCAAUGGCAAGAGGGGCCGCGGCAGCAGGCCCUACAACAGUAACUACAACAACGGCAAUGGUCGUCCAACGCAUGGAAACUACCAGAAUUCCAGAAACAUGUCUGACGCAUCUGCUGUGCCUGGUUACCCCGUGGACGCAUCAUCAGCCUGGGGCGUACCAGGAAAUGGCUUCUCACAGCCGAUGAACGGUAUGAACAACACUCCGAAUGCAUGGCCGCUCCCUGGCGCGGUAGUGACCGGUCCUACAACCGGAACAUAUGCUCAGCUACACCCCGCAACUGAACAUCGCAUGUUGCAGCACAAGUCCAGCUACGAUGUUCUGCCUCCGCACGUCUUGCAAAUGGCCAAUGACCACUUUGGUGCUCCACCGCAGAACAUUCCUUCGAGUUAUACACCUCCUACCGCAGCGAACAUGACCUCCGAGUCCGCAGUCGUAAAUGCUAUCGGUUUGGACACCAACACGAAUGGAGAAGCUCCUUCAUGUGCUCCCAUGCAUGCGCCAACGGCCGUCAUCAUGCAGAGUCACGUCACUGCUCCAACUCCAGCCAGCCCAGUUCUGAUCAGUCGUUCUGGCCAGUCUGUGUUUACAAGCACAUUAGCCAAGCCAACGGACAAGUCAUUCACCGUCUCAAAGAACAGUGCUUCCAACAAGACACUCGAAGAGACUGUUCAUUCGCUCGAUAAUGACACGCUUGCUCAUCUGCAGAAGCUCUGUAAGACCGACAACAUUGAGCUUCGGCAGACCUUGAGAGAUGCGCUCGGAAAACGUCGUGCCGGUCAACGCGAGCUGCUCGAGAAGCGUGCCACCAUCAUGACUCAGCUGAAUCAUGCUCGCGAGAGUGCGCAAUCAAACACCCACAAGACUCUGGUUUUGUACAACACUUUCGUUACGAAGAUGACCGACAGUCUCUAUGCCACUUCCGAGGUGAAGGAGACUCUACAACGCGAGGCCAUCGAAUACUUGAAGACCGCUAGGGUGCACUCUACGCAGGCGACAAAGGACCGUGAGUACGUAGAGUCGUGCCGUGACACGCUCGAGGCCACGAAUCUGAUGAUGUUAAACCUGACAAACAAGUUGACGAACUCUGUGUACCGAGUAGUGGUGACGGCUCUGAGUAGGGCGGUCACCUCCGAUGUGCUGAUCAUCCCCGACAACGCAACCACACAUGAUACUGCAGCUCCACUUGAUAUUGUACUCGCAUCUGACACUGAGUCGAUGACGGCAGUCACGUCGACAACGAACGCCGAGACCGAUGGUACCGAGAAGAUGAAGACAUCGGAUCCCACACCUGAUCAUGCGGAGAUGCGAGUGGCCGAGAUCAUAACCGACAGCAACUUGCAGCUCGAUGAUAAGAAAGAAGACAUUCAGUUGGAGGAUGAUACCAAACCUCCUGAGAGCUCUCCAAAGGUCACUCGACUAAGAGUUGCGGAUCAGCACUCAAAGCCCGUGCAUGAAGACACCAACGAAUUGGACAGCCCGAAGCCCGCUUCAGAAAACGGAUGGGGUAAUUGGUUUGCCCAUAUCCGUAACGAUGACAAGGAGAUGGUCAAGAAGGCUCGUCAAGAUCUCGACCGCAUAGGUGGACAAACGUUUCGACCCGAGCUCAAGGAGACGUACAAGAACCAACAAGGCAAAACCCACCAGAUUGUUCACGAAAAGGUCACAGGUAAAGUCGCUGUCGUCGUGGAGAAAGAUUCCAGAAGCAGCGUUAAGCAGCAGGUCAGCCUGGAAGAGUCUGGGAAGAAAGAUCCCGCUGCCGAGCCCACGCCCAUGACCCAAAAGACCAUCGAGACGCAAUCUCAUUCCCAUGGAUCGGAGAAGGAUGUCAUUACCUUGAAUGUGGCAUCUCCCGAGCAGGUCGCAACCCCCGGAUUUGCAGAGGUUGCUGGCGUCACGGCUUUGGAACAGGAGGACGUCGCGAACCACGACGGCCCUGAAGAACAAAAGGAUGACGAGAGUGUCACGACAGAGAAGAUCGAACAGCCUGCCGCGUCCCCAGGAUCACCAGACUUGGCCAGUGUCCAAGCACUCAAGACCAUGAUCCAAGUCUACAUGAACGAGAAGACUCCCAAGCUCGAGCAAGAAGAGCAAAAGAACCCUACCGAUACAAAGUCCACCGAUAAAGAGGCACAGAAGAACAAAACCGGCAAGAAGGCUUCUGCAAAGACGAACAUCUCGACGAAUCACACCGGUGACAAGUCGCCCGAGCAACUUGCAGCCCAGGAGCAGAAGGCUGCUGCAAAGCGCCAGAAAGUGAAGGAGUCCAAGGCAAAGACCAAGGCUAAGAGGAAGGCACGUGCUGCGGACAAGUUGGAGGGUACUAUAAGUUCGGUCAAGACGGAGGGGAACGAUGGCACGGCGAAGACGGAGACGGCUACUGUUUCACUUCCAAAGAGCGGUUAG